AUGAAUUCUGCUGGUGCUAGUAACAGCAACACACCCAAUCCUAUGCCACCUACUAGAGAAUCCACCCCAAGUUCUUCUACUCCAAAAGCCAUAAAUAUAGGAAAAUUUGAUCCGGCAUGGGCACAUUGCAAGGAAGUAUCGUCAGCAAAUGGAAGGAAGGGGCUGCUAUGCUUGUACUGCUCAAAAGUUCUCUCCGGUAACGGUAUAAAUCGAUUUAAACAACAUUUGGUGGGAUUAAAAGGGAAUGCAGGGGCAUGUCGGAAGGUACCGGAUGCUGUUCGAUUUAGAAUGCAGGAACAUCUGAAAGCAAUCGAUGUCAUUGCUAGCAUGGGGGCAGGUUAUAAAGGUCUGGGCUUUCAUGAUCUUUGGGGAUACUUAUUGACAAAAAAUGUUGAGGAGGUGAGAAAGUAUGUCGAUAGCUACCGACCUAUUUGGAAAGAGAUGGACUGCACGAUAAUGGCCGAUGGAUGGACAGACCAAUGUAGGAGAACUUUGAUUAACUUUUUAGUUUAUUGUCCUAAAGGAAUUGUUUUCUUGAAGUCUGUCGAUGCUUCAGAUGCUUCGAAGACUGGGGAGAUGCUUUACAAAUUAUUCAGAGAGGUGGUCUUAUUUGUUGGUCAAGAGAAUGUUGUUCACUUUGUGACUGACAAUGCUGCUAACUACGUGGCUGUUGGUCACUUGUUGGAGCAGGAGUUCAGGACAAUAUUUUGGUCUCCUUGUGCGGCUCAUUGCAUUAAUUUAAUUCUCGGUGAUAUUGGUAAGUUGGACAAAGUGAAUGAUAUUGUGACUCAUGCUGCGAAGAUUACUUAG